AUGCUGGUCAUACCCGUGCAUAAGAAGGGAAGUAAGAUGGACCCUGCGAAUUACAGGGCCAUCUCACUUUUGUCAAUUCCGGGUAAGGUUUUCUCCAGGAUACUUCUUGACAGAAUGAAGGAAAGAACAGAAGCUCACUUCAAGGAAUCCCAGUUUGGUUUCAGAAGUGGUAGAGGCACAGUUGAUGCCAUAUUUGUUGUAAGACAAAUCCUGGAGAAAGCUAAGGAAAGAAAGGUUAAUCUUCACUUCCAUUUUAUUGACUUUAAGGCCGCCUUUGACACAGUAUGGAGGAAAGCUCUAUGGAAAAUGAUGAGAGCGAUUGGGGUAGAGGCAAAAAUUGUAAAUAUUAUUGAAGAACUGUACAGAAACACUCAAUGUGCAAUAACAAUCAACAGACAGAUCACCAACUGGUUCCAAGUCGGUGUAGGAGUCAGACAGGGUUGCCUCAUGUCCCCAGUCCUGUUCAACAUAUUCCUGGAGUUUGUUAUGGAUGAGCUGAAAAGUCUUGACACAACUUUUCAACUCCAUGAUAACUUAUCCACAGAGGAAAGGUAUGCAGAUGACACCACACUUAUAGCAGCCAUAUUCAGUAAACUUCAGCUCUCGACAAAAGAGCUCGAAGUAGCAUGCAAGAAAUGGGGCCUGAAAGUGAAUGCUGCAAAAUGGGGUCUCGUCUCCGGUGACAACAGCGAACCCUUCCUAUUGGUUGCUGACAACGUCCUCGAUGCCAUUUUGCAAGUCAACGUCACGUCCGGGUCAAAGUUCGCGCUUCCGCUGGGAGAUAUGAGAUCACCCCGUUCCGUCGACUACGACCCGACGACUGACUUCGUGUACUGGUCAGAUCGACUUGAUGGGGACAUCAAACGGGCCCGCCGUGAUGGAAGUGGGAGAGAGACUAUUGCAGCAGAUGACGUCUUUUCUGUCUAUGGCCUGGCCUUGGACCAUGAGGGAGGUAACAUCUACUGGACCGACUCGAUAGCGAGGACUAUCUCAGUAGCCAGGAAGGAUGGAUCGCUCCGCAGGACGCUGUUGACUGCACCAGCCGUAGGGUCACCCGGAGGACUAGUGUUAGACCCCAGGAACGGCUAUAUGUACUGGACGGACUGGGGUAGUAAUGACAGAAUCGACCGUGCUGCGAUGGACGGUAGUAACCAAACAACCAUCAUCGGUAACCUGAUUGAUCCCAAUAUGAUCACUAUAGAUUAUAAAGAGAAUCGGUUGUAUUACUGUGAUGGUGGAGAUUACAGCAUCUACAGCUCGGAUCUGCUUGGCAAUGACAUACGCCGACUGUUCCAUGAAGACGGGAACGUUCUCUUCGGGAUUGCCAUCGAUGAUGACACCAUCUACUGGUCGUCUUGGACAACUGAUCAAAUAUCAACAUUGCCCAAGUCCGACCAGAACCAGAACAGAACCGUCCUAGUUGAUGACCUGUCAAGCCCAAACGACAUCUAUGUGUUCACGGCAUCUCCUGAUGAUGUCACCAAUGGAUGUACUUUGUCGAAUGGAGGGUGUGCGGAUUUGUGCCUCGCACGUCCCGGCGGAAGAACGUGCGCCUGCCGAGCGUUCUGGGAACUGCACCAAGAUGGACAGACCUGUCUUCCACCAGAUCUUGUGUCUCCGAGCUACCUCUGGCUGGACCACAGUACCGCCACUGGUGUGACGUCACUGAAAAUGACCCCCGGAAACAGUAGCGUCAUCGGAGAGAUGGGCGGCGGAUCACUUCCUGUCACGGUACUCUUCACAUCCGCGGAGCCCUCCAGAAUAGAGGCGAUAGACUACGACUUCGAGCGCAACAAGAUCUUUUGGGCUGACACAGGGCUUAGAGAAAUACACACGAUUGAUACACAAGACAGCAAGAUCCAAUCCUUCUCUACUCUCCUGGAGGGCAUCUCGUCCGGAGUGGAAGGCCUGGCGGUGGAUUGGCUCAACCAGAACCUGUACUACACAGACGGUUACUUCAACUGGAUCGCUGUAGUCAACUACAAGGAUAAUCCGCCACGGCAUCACGUCAUUGCUCACGAAGGACUAGAGAGACCACGUGGGAUAGCCGUUCACCCGCAUGCAGGGUACGUCUUCUGGAGCGACUGGAGUAGCAGUAACCCAAGGAUAGAGCGCGCCGUGUUGUCGGGAGAGCAGAGGACGGUACUCGUGAAUGAAAAUAUCGAGCGACCCAGUGGCCUUGUCAUUAAUGGCAAUAGGUUGUUUUGGGCGGACACCUCCCGUGAUGUCAUUGAUUCAUGUGAUCUAAAUGGAGACAACAGGGAGUUGUACUUCUCAUAUGGCGGCACACAUUUCUACGACAUCACGACAGACGGGGAGUGGAUAACGGCUACUGACUGGUCCGAUGACUCCAUUAACUUCCUCUACGAGCAAGGCAAUUCCCGAACCUACUAUGGCGACGGCACCGUCUACGGGGUGGAAUACUUCGAUCGAAGCCGCCAACAACCAGGCCAAACGGAGUGUCAGGUCAACAAUGGCGGCUGCAGCCAUACCUGUGUGGGGGACCCAGACGGACACAGGUGUUUGUGUUUAUCUAACUUCCACCUGGCGGAGGACAACCACACCUGCAUUGCAAAUGAACAUCCCUUCUCCAAGGCCCUCCUCGUCGGAAGUGAUUCCGGCAUUCUUCAGCUACCGCACAACUUCCUGGAACUGCCAGAAGUUGGCGACUGGACAGAUUCGUACAUCGUGAGAGGAACCAAAGUCUUCGCGAUGGACUUUGAUUAUGCAGGGAAGAUGAUAUUCUACACACAACUACAGAACAACGGAACGCAAACCAUAGAGAGGUUCUCAAUCAUUGGCGAAGGAAGUUCAAUGACGGUUUUCGAAAAUGGACAAGGGAUAGAAGGCAUUGCUGUUGAUUGGGUGGCAUCCAACCUGUACUGGACGGAGCGCCGACUUGGACGGAUCCACGUGUCCAAGCUGGACGGGUCACUGCGGAAGGUGCUGUUAUCUAAUCUGGACCAGCCAAGUGCCAUCAUUGCGUAUCCUGAACAAUCGUACGUGUGCUGGACGGAGGUCGGUGACAAUCCAAAGAUUACCCGUGCAUCUCCAGAUGGUAGCAACAGACUGCAGCUCGUCUCCUCCCAAACAGAGCAGUUAACUGGGAUCCCCACUGCUUUAGCCAUUGAUUACAACCGAGAAAGGUUAUACUGGGCGACUGUAAGCCCUGGUAAUGUACAAUCCUGUAGCCUCAACGGUGGCGAUGUGAGGACCUUAUGGUCAGGUGACAGUGCGAACCUUUUUGGUAUCGCCUUCUAUAAGGAUUAUGCUCUAUGGACGGAUAACAACACCCAAAGCUUGACAUAUGGAAGAGCAUACACAGGAGGAACUCUCUUAGACAGCAGGACUGUAACAUUGUCAACACCAACAUACAACAUCAAACUGUACGAUGACACAGAGCAGCCAUUACAAACAAGUGCGUGUGACCAGAGGAACGGAGGGUGUACGGAGUUAUGUCUGCCAUUAGGAGACAGUCGGGUGUGUGCCUGUGGAGAGGGACGCUACACACAGGCGGACGGAGUUAGCUGUUCUCACAUCCGACCUACGAACAUGCCAACCACCCCGCCACCAACAGAUCGGUACUCAAAAGAAGACUUCCUCCUAGUAGCCGAUACUGAUACAGGCUACAUCACAGAGGUCAACAUCACUUCCGGUUCAAAGGUCACACUUCCGCUACAAUCCACCUAUCCCCUUAGACUCGAGUAUGACGGACAAACAGGCUACGUCUAUUGGUCCGAUUUUUAUGACGAGAAGAUCUAUCGGGCUAAGAGAGAUGGCUCCGGGAAGGAGGUGCUGGUUGACAACAACGAUAUCAGUUUGUCGGCAAUAAAUGGACUAGCCAUUGACUACGCCGGUCAGAACAUCUACUGGACAGACUGGGGCACAGAGAUCAUCGGUGUCGCAAGGCUGGACGGGAGCCACGCUCAGGCCAUUGUGUCCGAAAACCUUGCCUGGCCAAAUGGCAUUGUCUUGGAUCCAAAGGAAGGUUACAUGUACUGGACGGACGAGGGAUUUUGGGGAUCACCGGCGAAGAUCGAGCGUGCUGCUAUGGACGGCAGUGAGAGGACAGUAAUCAUCGAUAGCGAUCUAGGCGAACCUACUGGAAUCGCCAUCGAUUUCAAUGAACGCCGCCUAUAUUGGUGCGACUCCUAUAGGUACAGCAUACAGAGCUGUGAUCCGGAUGGUAACAAUCGACGAACCGUGGUCACACAAUCCGACAGCAACUUCUAUGGUCUCAGCCUGCAUUCCCAUGAUUUGUUCUGGACCAGUACGUCAAACAGCUAUAUUGGAGCUAAUUCCAAAUCGCAGUCAGACCAGACAACGAGUCAAGUAGUCGCAGGUGGAUUCUCCAGUCUUCGCGGCAUCGCCAUGUACAGCCCUGACGUAGUGGCAUACAUCUCUAAUGCCUGUUCAGUGUCGAAUGGCGGAUGUCAGGACAUGUGUCUGGCUCGUCCCGGAGGGAGAACCUGUGCAUGUAGAGCUUACUUCCAGCUUCAAAAUGACAACGCUACAUGUGCUCCUCCCGAACUAAAGUCUCCAAGCUACCUUUGGAUCAACGAAGUUAACGAGAAAACGCUUCUUACUAUGAUGGAAGGAAACAGUACUAUCUUCAGAUCUCCUGAUGUCCAAUCAGCGCCCCUCACCACAGUGGUGUCGGCCAGCUCACCAUCAAUCAUUGUCUCCUUCGACUAUGACAUCCGUCAGGGCCGUAUCUUCUGGAUUGAUGUUGGAAUGAAGGAGAUACAACAGGUUGAUGUCAAUACAGGAGAAGUAACAACACUGAAGACUGUGAUAUCAUCUGGGGCAGAGGCUCUAGCUGCCGAUUGGGUCAACCAGAAUCUCUACUACACCGACUUCAACUACAACAGGAUCACCAUGGUCUCCUACAGCCCAGGUGACAGCAGUGGUAACAGCCACAUCAUCACUGAAACAGGUCUGGACAAACCGAGAGGAAUCGCCGUGGAUCCAUCAGCAGCGUACGUGUUCUGGAGUGACUGGGGUCAGUCGCCCAAAAUUGAGAGAUCAACGCUGUCGGGAGAAAAUCGUACGGUGAUCGUGGACUCUGAUCUGGGAAGACCAAGCGGUCUGGUGAUUGACUACGUCACUAACAGGUUGUAUUUUGCCGACACCGAGCUUGACGCAAUCUAUGCAUGUGACUUUGGUGGCGGCAAUCGGCAACAGUUUUACUCUUUACCCGGGACACAUUUCUACGACAUCACGUUUGACGGUGAAGAGAUUAUGGCAUCUGACUGGUCGGACGCUACCAUAAACUUCGUCCACAACUCACGAAACAUCCUGGCUUUCGAUCCUCCAGGCGACAACAUCUUGGCAGUAGAGUAUUAUGACGAGAGCAGACAACCUCAGACACAAUCCGACUGUCAGGAAAACAAUGGCGGCUGCCAGCACACCUGUGUGGGAGAUCAAAGUGGACACAAAUGUCUGUGUCUACCUGAUUACAGCCUUGCAGACGACCAACAAGCCUGCGUGAAAAAUGGCCACCUCUUCACCAAGGCUCUCCUUGUGUCCACGGAUGAGGGUAUACUACAGUUCCCACACAACCUGGCCGACCUGCCUGCAACUGCAGACUCUAAACCGACUGUCUUGGUGAGGGCAGGGAGAACUGUUGCUAUGGAUUUCAAUUACAACGAAAAAGCAAUCUACUACACGAAAGAGAUGGAAGAUGGGACACAGAGUAUCCAGAAAUACGACGUGACAACAAACUCCUCCUUGACCAUCUACACAGGAGGACAAGGAAUAGGAGGAUUAGCUGUUGACUGGGUUGCCUCUAACAUCUACUGGACGGAGAAAGCCAAUGGAGCCAUUAAUGUUGCGCGAUUGGAUGGUAGCUCCAGAAAGGUUCUUCUGUCAGGUCUUGAUCAGCCCAGUGGAAUCGCCGUACAGCCGGAACAGAAGAUACUGUACUGGACGGAAACUGGCCGCAUCUCCAGUUCUACGUUAGCUGGAACAGUGAAAGAAGUGAUAGUUUCAUCACAAUCUGAUGUGUCUGUCGGCAGCCCCACUGGCAUUGCAGUCGACCCUCUAAACAGUCGGAUAUAUUGGACUGAAGGUGACACCGGAACAGUGAUGUCCUCCAACCUUCGUGGUAAUGAUGUCGAACCUUACUGGUCAAGCAACGGUGGAGAGCUCUUCGGAAUGGCUGUCUACAAGGACUUUCAGCUGUGGACGGACCGUACCAACCGGACCGUCAGUAUCGGGUUGAGGAGCACGUUAGAAAAGACGGUCCAGCUUCAGACAACUCCUCACAGCGUCCGCGUGUUCGACGGCAGUGAACAACCACCCUCAAGAGGUGCGUGUGACCAGCGAAACGGAGGGUGUACGGAGUUAUGUAUACCAUUAGGAGACAGUCGGGUGUGUGCCUGUGCAGACGGACGCUACAUACAGGCGGACGAAGUGAGCUGUUCUCACAUCCGACCUACGAACAUUCCAAUGACCACACCACAAACUACCACACCACAGACAGAUCCUUACUCGAGAGAAGAUUUCCUCCUGGUAGCCGAUUAUGAUACAGGCUACAUCAUAGAGGUCAACAUCACUUCCGGUUCAAAAGUCACACUUCCGCUACAGUCCACCACUCCCACUGCACUCGACUAUGAUGCAGCAACAGACUAUGUCUACUGGUCCGAUUAUUAUGACGAGAUGAUCUAUCGGGCUAAAAGAGAUGGUUCAGGGAAGAAUGUGCUGAUUGACAACAACGUCAUCAGUGUGUAUUCAAUAAACGGACUAGCACUGGACUAUGCUGGUCAGAACAUCUACUGGACAGACUCUUGGACAGAAAUAAUCGGUGUUGCCAGAAUGGACGGAAGCCAUGCUCGGGCCAUUGUGUCCGAAGACCUUGACUAUCCGGGUGGCAUAGCAUUGGAUCCGUCAGAAGGUUACAUGUACUGGACGGAUGAGGGCUUUUGGGAACCGGCAAGGAUUGAACGGGCUGCUAUGGACGGCAGUGAGAGGACAGUAAUCAUCGAUAGUGAUCUAGACAGCCCUACUGGAAUCGCUAUAGAUUUGAAUGAACGCCGCCUAUAUUGGUGUGACUCCGGGAAGUAUAUGAUAGAGAGCUCCGAUCUGGAUGGCAGCAAUCGACGGACCGUGGUCUCCCUUUACUCCAACUUUUAUGGUAUCAGCCUGCAUUCCCAUGAUUUGUUUUGGACCAGCACUUCGGACGAUUAUAUAGGAGCAAAUACAAAAUCGGAUACAGACCAAACGACGAGUCGUGUGUUGGCGGAAGAAUUCUCCAGUCCUCGCGGCAUUGUCAUGUACAGUCCCGGCAUAGUGACAAACGUCUCCAAUGCCUGUUCAGUGUCGAAUGGCGGUUGUCAGGACAUGUGUCUGGCUCGUCCCGGAGGGAGAACCUGCGCCUGCAGAUCUUACUACCAUCUUCAGAAUGACAACGUGACUUGUGCUCCUCCCGAAAUAAAGUCUCCAAGCUACCUUUGGAUCGCUGAGGACGACGGAGAAACGCUACUCACUAUGCUUGAAGGAAACAGCAGCAUCAUCAGAGACGCUCAAUCUGCACCUCGCACCACGGUGAUGUCGGCCAGCUCACCAUCAAUCAUUGUUUCCUUCGACUACGACAUUCGUCAGGGGCGCAUCUUCUGGAUUGAUAGUGGACUGAAGGAGAUACAACAGGUUGAUAUGAAGACAGGAGAUGUAACAACAUUGAAGACUGGAAUCUCAGCUGGGGCAGAAGGUCUCGCUAUCGAUUGGGUCAACCAAAAUCUCUACUACACCGACUUCAACUACAACAGGAUCACCAUGGUCUCCUACAGCUCUGGUGACAGUAACGGUAACAGCCACAUCAUCACUGAAACAGGUCUGGAUAAGCCGAGAGGAAUCGCCGUGGAUCCAGCAACAGCGUUCGUGUUCUGGAGUGACUGGGGCCAGUCGCCCAAAAUUGAGAGAUCCACGCUGUCGGGAGAAGAUCGUACGGUGAUCGUGGACUCUGAUCUUGGACAUCCAAGUGGUUUGGUGAUUGACUACGUCAACAGCAAGUUGUAUUUUGCCGACACCGAGCUUGAUGCGAUCUACUCAUGUGACUUUGAUGGCGGCAACCGGGAACAGUUUUACACUCUGGGGAGGACUCAUUUCUACGACAUCACAUUUGACGGUGAAGAGAUAAUGGCAUCUGAUUGGUCAGACGGUUCCAUCAACUUCAUCCACGACACACGACCCAUUGCCUUCUUCUCCGGAGGCGGCAAAGUUUUGGCAGUUGAGUUCUUCGACGAGAGCAGACAGCUUCAGAGUCAAUCUGACUGCCAGGUAAACAAUGGCGGCUGUCAGCACACCUGUGUUGGGGAUCAAAGUGGACACAGGUGUCUCUGUCUACCUGACUACAGCCUUGCGGAGGACCAACAAACCUGUGUGAAAAAUGGCCACCUCUUCACCAAGGCUCUCCUUGUAUCCACGAAUGAUGGCAUUCUUCAAUUCCCACACAACCUGGUCGACCUGCCUGCAACUGCAGACUCUAAACCGACUAUCUUGGUGAGAGGAGGGAGAACUGUGGCAAUGGACUUCAACUACAACGAGAAAGCAAUCUUCUACACGAAAGAGAUGGAUGAUGGGACACAGAUUAUCCAGAAAUACGACAUGACAACAAACACCUCCUUGACUAUCUAUACUGGAGGACAAGGAAUAGAAGGUUUGGCGGUUGACUGGGUUGCGUCCAAUAUCUAUUGGACGGAGAAAGAUAAUGGAACCAUCAAUGUUGCACGAUUAGACGGUAGUUUCAGAAAGGUUCUUCUGUCAGGCCUUCUUCAACCAAGAGGAAUCGCUGUGCACCUUGAGCUGAAGGUGCUGUAUUGGACGGAAACUGGCCGCAUCUCACGUUCUACUUUAGCUGGAACCAACAAAUCCGUAGUUGUUUCGUCACAAUCUGAUGUGUCUAUCAGCAACCCAACUGGCAUCGCAAUCGACCUGCCGAACAGUUGGGUUUAUUGGACUGACGGAGAAAAAGUGAUGUCCUCUAAUCUUCGCGGUGAGGAUGCCGAACCCUACUGGACAAGCAACGGCGGAGAACUAUUCGGACUGGCCGUCUAUAAGGACUUUCAGCUCUGGACGGACCGUAUCAACCGGACCGUCAGUAUCGGGUUGAGGGGCACGUUAGAAAAGACUGUCCAGCUUCAGACAACUCCUCACAGCGUCCGCGUGUUCGACGGCAGUGAACAGCCACUUUCGAGAGGUCCAUGUGAUCUCCGGAACGGAGGGUGUAAUGAGUUAUGCCUAGCGACAACAGCUGGUGAUAGAGUCUGCGCCUGCGCAGAAGGGCAUUUGAUGCAAGCAGAUAACCUGACAUGUUUCAACCCUGCUCCAACAACACCACCAGCAACAACUACUGCUGUGCAAACGACAACAGUCACACCGGCUCAACCAGCUACAACGCAAGCUACUCCACGUACAACAUACAAGCCAGUGACGGCUUGUACGACCGACACCCUGCCGUCCGUUACCAACGGUGAAUUCGGCCAAUGUGUGGUGACAACAGGCGUCAAGACGUGCCCAGUCGUCUGUAGGCCCACAUAUGGACCUACAGUCAGCAACAUCAACUGUCUUCCGAGUGGUAACUGGAACACGAGCACGGGUUACACCUGCACAAGUAAGAUGAAAAGAGUAAAUUUUCUGUUGAGUUACGACGCCACAGGCAGUUUCAAUCCCGGUGUCCUUCAGUAUCCCAACGGCCCCAUGCACCAGUGA